AAAUCUAUAUGAAUGUAUAUAUUUUGUCAGUCUUAGCAAUUAAGCGAGACUGAAAAUUUGUUUUAUUCAUGUCAAAAACUAGAAAAUUAUCAUUGGGUAGCGAUUUUCGUGUAAUUAGCAUACGUGGAGAUGGAAGAUGCUUGUUUCGAUCGGUUGUGCAUGGAGCUUGUUUGAGAUCAGGAAGGCCAGUUCCAAAGGAGAAUGUUAUUCAGGAACUUGCUGAUGAUCUCAGAACCAAGGUCGUGAACGAGUUGAUCAAGCGUCGGGCUGAAACUGAAUGGUUUCUUGAAGGCGAUUUUGAGGCAUAUGUCUCACAUAUGCAGCGGUCUCAUGUUUGGGGUGGUGAACCAGAACUGCUUAUGGCCUCACAUGUCCUCAUGUUUGGGGUGGUGAACCAGAACUGCUUAUGGCCUCACAUGUCCUCAAGCUGCCUAUAACGGUUUAUAUGGGGGACAAGAAGUCCAGUUCUGUUAAAGUUGUAGCACAAUAUGGACGAGAAUAUGGGAAGGAAAACCCAGUCAGUGUUCUUUAUCAUGCUUAUGGACAUUAUGAUCUCUUGAAGGGUCCUCUAACUGAAGUGUAAAUCGGGCACAUGACAGUCUGACAAAUGCUUAUGUUUUUAGGAAUUCAAACUACUUUAUAAACGAAUGCACCUGUAAACAACAGUUAUAUCUAUAAAUUUGAAUUCCAUAGUUCAGGGGAAUUGUUACAACAAAA